UUGGGUCCGUUCUGAUGGAAAACAUCGUGUGUCCGUGAAUUAUUCCCCACUAACUUAUUUUUUCCAUUAAUUCCCCGCUCUCUUAGUAUCAGUGUGGGCUCACAUUGAUAUGAUACUGUUCUAAUGAUGCCUGUGGAAUGUGUUAGGGUAAAAAUUAAAGGAAAUUCAGUCCAGGAAUGAUUGGGGUGUUGCAGAUCAACAUAGCAAUGAUAGCAUUGAUGGAUGCUGACAUGCCUUCUGGGGGAUUAUUACGAUCUCUAUACAGCCAUGGACAAGUCAGGAACUGAACAGGGGUGGUAAAUGAGGCCACAUGCUUGGUGCAGUGUGAAAUAUGCAUUGUGCACUCAGGCUGCGCAGUGGGUGAGGUCAGGGAGGGAACCACAACAAACACCUUGCCACCUCCUGAGGGGAUUUGCAGUUUUUGCUAAUGUCUGGCAGGUGAAGUUAGGGUUAAAUGUGUGCAAAAUAGUGAAAUAUAAAACUUGGGAAGUAUUGUAAUUAAAUAUAUUCACAGAAACCAAUAAACCACAUCGUUUGUAAUGAUUGGAACUUUUACAGAAAGUUGCCUUUGAAAUGUGGAGAUGAGACACAAAGGAACAUGGUUCGCCUGGGACUGACAACCAACUCGUCAGGAAGGAGACAAGAUGGCAGGAUACCCUCACAACCUGAGUCUGAACAAAGCUAUCCUCACCCAGCUGAAGAGCGCAUCAGGCAUUAUGCACAGACUCAUUAUGUACAUCCCUCUAAUCCAAGGGCUUCCUCCUUUGCUGCUGAAGAAACCCACACUGAACCAAGCUCCUCAGCAUCUCAUUACCCUUCCAGUGACGUGAGUGAGGUGCUGCCGGCCCCUCACAGCCUGCGGACAGUGCUCAACAGGGGUGCUCAGAUAAGCCACUUCCCUUCUGCUGAGUGGUCUCAGAAGGCAGCAAGACCUCAUAGUGAUAUUCAUUCAAGAGGAACACAAAAACAAAACUGUCCAGAUGAUAGUGCUUCAUCAUCAAGCUCUACACUUGAUGUUAAUUACACAAGAGACAUCAAGUUUUGUCCAGUAUGUCGUUCCUCUGUAAUUUCUGGAACUGCUCAUCAGUGCAAAAUUAUAGAACCUUCUGCAUUAGCAUUUUCAUCUCGCACAGCUCCUGUGAAUGUGUCACAGCACACUUCAGUAUCCAGACUCGGUCCCCAGCCAUUGGUGUCUUCACAUAAUGUGGAAGACAAACAUGCUCAUAACGUGCCUGAAUCUGAUGACGAUCACCACAUUCAAAGUAGACUACUACCUAAUCUUUUACCCACUGCACAAGACUCCUCUUGUUCAUCAGAUGUAUCCCAACAUGAAAAGAAAAAUGGUAGCGUAAAAACAAGCCAGUCUUCUACAAGGUCAAAUAUAAUGCCAACACCAGUGGUAACUCAACCUGUUUAUGAUGUGCACAGUAAUAGAGAUCGUAUACCAUCACAAGCUUAUGCUUCUGGAGGAAAGCCAAGUCAUACUUCACCACUGUGGUAUGGGAAUGAUAGGAGACCCAUCACAAAGACAGAUGCAUGGGAGACUCCUACAAGCCUCAUCUCACGUCUUACUGCUGGACUGACUGCAAGCUCAAGUCAGUCACAGCAGCAUGGGGAGAAAGGUCAAUCACGCACCAACUGUCCCUCUCCCUCAAUGAGUGAGGAGAGCGACACCAUGAGCUUCAUUUGUAUGGAGGAAUCAGCACAAGCUGAAGAUCCUUUUUAUGUUGCGCACCAAGAGCUGAUGGAUGAAGUUCUGAGAGGUGAGCCACAUUGUUACUCCAGCAGCAGCAGCAGCAGCAGCAGCAGCAGCAGCAGUACUAGUGCCAGUGUCAGUGGAAACCCAAAUACUCGCCCUCGUCCCAAAGUACAAAAGGAAUAUCCUGUAAUGUCCGAAAGUAGUAUGGAAAAAAAUCAGAAGUAUGUGGUCACUGAUAGUUCGUCUUCAGAGUUAAUGUGUGUUGAUUCCAACCAGUCCAGAGAGUCAGAUUUAGAUGAUAGCAGACAUUCAGAAAGAAGUAAUCAGAUGCCUGAUUUAUGUACACUUCUGAAAAGUAUAAAGCAGCCUACCUUAAUUCCACAUUCUCCUGAUAAAUCAAACAUUCAUGACUUCUUAGAUCCUGAAGAAAUUGGUCACAUAAACCAUCUGAUCAAAAGCCUUUCUGACUCAGUAUUAACAAUCAGUUUACCUGACACCUUGUACAAAAACAAAGGUUUUACACCUCUUGACUAUAUGGACAUACAUUUGAAUGCUGUUAUGCGUCAGUUCUUUUUUGUAUUUAAGAAUGAAGACUUUUUAAAUCUUCCAAUGCCUGAUCAAAUUUCAUUAUUAAAUGGGUGUUCACUGAGGGCAGUCAUUUGUUCAGGUUUGUAUUUAUUUAGUAAAGACACAGGUUGUUGGUACAUUCCUGGCUCAACCAACAGACUCAACCAUCCUGUCAUCCACAUCUCUGAUUUGUUGCAAGUUUAUCCACAGCACAUUGUCUCUAAAAUGUAUGAGCUACACACAGCUGCUUCCAAGCUGGACUUUGAUUGGUCCAUGGGAGUCAUCACCAACUGCAUCCUGAUGUACACCCCAAUAAAAAAAGUUAUGCAAGAAAUGGAAAAAGUUGAUUUCUUACGGAACAAGUAUGUUCAUCUUUUAUUAAAGUACAUAUCAUGGAAACAUGGGCAUCACAAUUCUGCCUUGGUGUUCCCUGAGAUCCUUAAAAUAUUAGAUGCUCUUCUCCUCCUUGUUGAUGAAUUAUCAGUCCUUGAUUUAAAUUUGAGUGAGGAGGAAGUGAUGGCAGUAGAAGAGAGGCUCUCUACACUCACUCUGAUGCAACUGGCACCUCUUAAAAAUCAGUCCAGUAGAUUUAAAGAAGAAAUUGAUUCAUGGUCAAGUUUGAAGUGUGUUAAUCUCAUAGAAAUCAAUAAUAGAUUGUGUAUGGCCUUGCAUUUAAGUAUGACUGAGUCCCUUCGGUCAAAUACUGCUGAGUAUUGGACAUCAAACAGUGUGUUGUGUACCACUAAUGCAGCUCAUGAUGACAAUGCUUUACCUCCAUGCAAGAAGUUGCCACAGAUUAUGCCUCCUGCAAAUGAAAAGAUUAAUAAAUUGGAUCAGUAUAAGGAAAACUCUUACAGUUGCCAGAAAAAGGAUAGAUAUAUUGGUGACCGUACAAAAAUUACUUUACUUGCAGAGCGAGAUUUGAUGUUGCUUAGACACUUUUUGGAAGAUGCUACUGCUAGAGAUAAUUCAUCCUUGAUUGAAAACAUCAAAGAAAAGAUGGAUGCUAAACAGAUUCAGCUCAUCAUCAAAAAACUAUGCUCAUAAUGUAUAUCUUUCCAUUUCUCUCUCUCUCUCUCUCUCUCUCUCUCUCUCUCUCUCUCUCUCUCUCUCUCUCUCUCUCUCUCUCUCUCUCUCUCUCUCUCUCUCUCUCUCUCUCUCUCCCUCUCUCCCUCUCUCCCUCUCUCUCUCUCUCUCUCUCUCUCUCUCUCUCUCUCUCUCUCUCUCUCUCUCUCUCUCUCUCUCUCUCUCUCCAUGCUUGUACACAUUGCUUUACAGUUUUUGGGAAAGAUUAGAUUAUAAGUUAAUUUUGUAAUAUUUAUUAAUUACCACGUUGUGUUAAGUUAAGGGACUAGCUCUAGGCUCAUUGACAUUAUCCAAGACUCCAUCAUCUGGAAAUUGCAUCGAGUCUUGUCUUGUAGCAGACUUUACUAUUUGAAUUUCUUGAUAUUGGGAUAACUUGUUAUUUAUAGAAUUAAAAAGCUGGUGCAGUAAUCCAAAGAUGGUGUAAUGAAUGUUAAGGGUUAGAGGAAUUUUGUAUUUUGGAAAGCUUGGUUUGACCAGGCAUGAUUAGAGUAUUAACCUGAAUUAGGCCCAAAGUAUGGAAAUCUUUAACAUUUUGCAAGUGAGAUUAAAGUAAUUAAAAUCACAGUUAAGGGAUGCUGGAGUGUUGCAACCCAAAAUCAAUGUAAAAUUAAUUGCUAUAUUAUAUAGUAGAAGGCAUAUAAGUAAGUUUUUUAUGUAGAAGGUAUUGCAUUUUUUUGCCACAAAGUAUUGUAUAUUCCUGGGAAUGCUCUCCUGGAGUGAAGGCUUUGUCUGAAUUUGUUGGUAUCCUGGAGUGAGGAAAUACUCUUGUUUUGUGGGAUGAUUUCUUUAUGUUGAGUGCAGCUUGAAUGAAUGGAAUGAUGUGGGUAUGGAGUGUUCAGUUGUAAUGAAUCUUUGAUUAUAUCUUAUUAUUUUUUGAUAUUCAAAUGCCAUAUAAAAUGCCAGGGCGGGCCCCAGCCCAUUAGCACUGCAAGUAACUGGUUAUGGCUUUGCAGUCCCCAGUGGACCCAUUGAAUCUUCCUCGGUGGAAUGAAUAUGAAUAUUUUUCAUUGAUUCAGUUAAAGAAUUAAAAAAAACUUCAGUGGGAUAUUAACAAAAUAAGUAUAUUCUUGUGUCGACUAGAGGUUUCUGGAGUGGUCACCAUUAUAAUAGAAAAUGGUGAUGCCAUAUUGGACAUGUGUCAAGAGAUGGGACCACACUGCUUUGCAGGGGACCCCAAAGCCAAAUCCUGCUCAGGACUCCCUAAAGUGUAGGGUCAGCCCUGCUUAUAAGUGUUCUGUGAACUACUAAAUCAGACAUGGCAGAGAUGGUGGAAGUAAUAUUGGUACAAAACCUGAAUGAUAUUCUGACUUAUCUGAAACCAAACUCAGGGCAAUAGAAUCACUUUUUUUAUGAAUAUGAGUGAUUCUAGGGUCAGAGGAGGAAGUAUAUAUUUCAGGGCAUUGUAGCAAAGGAAGCUAAAGUCUUAUGUUUCAUGUAAGCUGGCCUUUUGCAUUAAGACUGAGCUAAAGCAUCUUGUAAUUCACUCCCUGUUGGUGAAUGUCACCAAACUCAUUGAGGUUGGGAGGGUUCUUGUGUAUAAGAUGUACUCUUGGAUUACAUUAUUAUAUAUUAUUCUGACAA